AUGACCGACUCGAUUGAAAAGAUCACCACCAGGCACACAACGCCGGACAACUUUCCUCUGGCGCUUACCAUCUUCCGGCCCAAGUCGGAAUCUGCCAUCAGGGCAAGCGUUGUCUUUGCCAACGCAACCGGUGUUCAAGCGCGAUUCUAUCACAAUGUCGCUGCCUGGCUUGCCACUAACGGUGUCGCCGCCUACACUUUUGAUUAUCGAUUUUCAGGUGCAUCCUUCCCGCUCGAGUUUGACGCGCUCAAGCUCGCCGAAGACGAAGAUUAUCUGGAAGCAGCUUUGCGCCAGUGUCCAGAGCAUGUUGACCUCACCACCACCUGGUCCAAGGUGGAUUUCGCUUCCGUCGUCCGACUCGCUUACGAGUCGAAUCCACACGUAGACGUUACCAUCAUCGGGCACAGCUUGGGUGGUCAUCUCAUGGCCGUCUUGCCUUCUGACCACCUAUAUGGUCCUAAAGCAAAAGUCAAGCGUCUUCUCAACGUCUGCGGUGGUAACGCUUUCGUUCAGAACCAGAAGGAGCCUGACGCAGCCCAAUUUGGCUUUAUGGAAAUCAUCGUCAAACCUCUUGCCGAAGAAAAGAUCUUUCGAGCCGCAAACUUGGGUCUUGGAUACGAUCUUCCCUACGGCCCAGGCGUCGAGUGGGUCCAGUGGUACUUUCAUCCCCACUUUGCAUUCAACCGCAAACAUAAUCUCGACUUGGUACGUGAUCUCAAAGGUAUCCCGCUACUCUAUGUAGGCUUUGAAGACGACGACAAGAUUGGCAAAAACAUGAUGGAAAAAUACCUUGGUAUGUUUGACCACUCUGAUCGACUCAAGCAGAGCCUCUGGAUCGAUCCUCUUAAGAAGAAUUGGCCCGCUUGUGGACAUGUCAACGCCUUCACAAAGAGCAAACAUGCCAAACUCGUACCUGUCGAGCAUGGCGAGGCAUACACCUCCCAAGAUGACCUUCAAGAUGCCCUCUCCAAGCACCCCAAACCACCUCGCAACACGCUCAGCAAAGAGGAGACUAUCUGGAAGCUUUUCCUCGACUAUAUUCUGGGAAAAGAGGUAGAUAAGUCCAACGCUGAAUACAAGGUCUGGACACCGCAGGAUGAGAGGGAUGUUUUCCGCGAACGCGAAGAGGACGCCGAAUCACGCGCAAAAACUCCGCGACACGAAGAUAUCAUCUUAGGUCUAGUCGCUCCAGGAAAAGCCAAGCUGUAA